AUGGCCAAGCUAGACAACCUUGAACAAGCCCAGCUAAUCCUGGCCCGCUUGAUGGAAGGCGGCCAGGAAGACGAUGAUACAUGUCAAGCGCUCGACCAGCUUACUGCACUCCUCAACAAGGACAUGGAAGCCGUCAAGAAGGACAAAUCACACAACACCAUCUGUGCCAUCUUUGAUGAUGUCUGCGUCGAUACCCUUCUUAGCUAUCUGGACAUGAGACAAGCCACAUCCGUGCGUGGCCACGCAAUCUUAGCCACCUCUUCUUAUCUCAAAGCCGCCGGCGACAAUGGCGGAAAGGCUCUGUCGCAUUUCUUCUUUGACCGAGUCAAGAGAGGCACCUAUGAUGACUACAUCGUCGCCUUUUGUGUCGCAUCAUCGGUCUUUCCAGUCGCUCCCGACAUGGUUGCCGACAUGUUCCUCAGUGAGGGUUUCUUGCCUAGCCUUGGACCUCUCAUGCGGCGGAAAUGGAAGAGCAGAAAGGUCGAGACGGCAUGCCUAGAGAUGUUGAACGCAGCCGCCAUGAACUCGCUCUGCCGAGAAGCCAUCGCCAAGUACUGCACGGAAUGGUUGGAGGAGAUCGUCGACCAGGACCCAGAACUUGCAGAGCUUGUUCAUGCCGCCGAUACAGGGGUAGAUACCGUCCAUGGAUCCAUCGCCAUGAAGCGACAUUCGGAGGCUGUACAGAAUCUCGCCGCAGUCAUCUUGGCCAAACUGAGGGCUGUACCGACAACGACGGAACAACAAGCAGAGCACGAAAAAAUUGCCCCCGCCACAACGAGCAUUGAAGACCUUUCGAAGAGGUUUACCGCAAUUCUACUAACAGACAACACUGAAGCUCAUCAAUAUUCGGUUGAAGGCCUCGCAUAUGCCACUAUUCAGCCGACAGUUAAGGAGGAAGUUGCACGCAACAAGCAAGUUUUGAAGAAUCUGGUCAAGACCUUGGCCGACGCUCCUCCCAAAUCGCCACUCACGUAUGGUGCUUUGAGCAUUUUCCUCAACAUUACCAGAUACCAGCCACCACAGUCAGAAGAAGAGAAGAAGAUGAACCAAUUGAAAGCAUACGCCAACGCUGGUGGGAAGACGGGGACACCCAACCCUCUUAAUGAUGAAUCCCAUGUUUCAGCCCGUUGUAAGGCGGUUUUCGAGGCAAACCUCGUACCCGUUCUGGUAACGCAUAGCCGGAAUGGCUCAAUAGCUUCGCUCUCCAUCAUUAUAUCUAUCAUCUACGCACUCUCGGUCACAACCUCCAUUCGAGGUCAACUGGCACAGCAAGGAUCUAUUAAUCUGCUCAUUGCAGCAUGGACAGCUCUCCCGGAUACACAGGCUCAAGCAAAGAGAACAGCUGCUCAAGCUCUUGCUCGGAUACUUAUCAGUACGAACCCAGCCCUUGUGUUUGGUGGGACAAGAGCGCGGCCGCAGAGCUCUGCAAUCCGCCCCCUUGUCUCUAUACUUGCUCCUGACCCUGCUGCUGAGACGCGUGAUUUGCUACCCAGCUUUGAAGCUCUGAUGGCACUCACAAACCUAGCUUCGACGGAUGACGAUACCCGAGUCAACAUUAUCCGGACUGCAUGGUCUGACAUCGAGGAUCAACUUCUGAGCACGAACGACAUGGUCUCCAAGGCUGCUGUGGAGCUUGUCUGCAAUCUUGUACAGUGUCCUGAGGGCAUUGCGCUUUAUGCAGAGGAGACGCCCCAGGCAAGAAAUCGGCUACACAUACUUCUUGCACUGGCAGAUGCUGAGAGCGAAGGUACCAGAAGCGCAGCAGGUGGUGCCCUUGCAUCACUUACCUCAUAUGAGCCAGUUGUCAAGGCACUUCUCAAGCGCGAGCGUGGUAUUCAAGUGGUUCUUGAGUUGUGUGCCGAAGAGAAUGAGGAUCUUCGGCACCGUGGAGUCUUCGUUGUGUACAAUAUCUUGUCUUGUGAAGGAGAGACAGGAAAGGCCAUAAGGGAGAAGAUCAGGAAUGAGAAUGGAGGAGAGAUUUUGAAGGAAUGUGCCAAGAAGAGCCGAAGAGCCGAGGUUGUGGAAGUCACAAUACAGGCGCUUAAGAUCUUGUCGGAGGAGAACGACAGCCCGCAGGUAUGGGAAGUUGACUGA